CCCAAAAUUGCUUUUGUGGUCACCACCAGCGACUCGCUGCAGCAAAUCCGCAUCUGGAUCAGCUACCACAAGGCGCUCGGGGUGACGACCUUUUACAUCUUUGCCGAUGGGCAGGCGGCGCGCGCCGACAACGUCGCCGCGCUGCGGGCGUUGCCAGGCGUCACGGUUGUGCUGCGUGAUGCUGAGCUGCGGCGGCGGCAUGAGAACAGCAGGAUUUGGAAGGAGUCGUGGCUGUCGGCCUUCUUCCACAAGCCUUGCAACCAUGAGCUGUUUGUCCUGCAGAGCCUUAACAUGGAGGUUGGCAUUGAGAUGGCUCUGAAAGAUGGGAUUGACUGGCUACUGCAUGUGGACACAGACGAGCUUAUCUAUCCCUCCGGCUCGCCAGCAUACUCUCUUCAGGAGGUGCUGGGCCAGGUGCCAGCAGAUGUGGACACGCUGGUGUUCCCCAAUUAUGAAAGCCUGCCGGAGCGGGAUGAUGUGGUGGACCCGUUCCUAGAGGUGACAAUGUUCAAGAAGAAUUAUGCGCACGUGGUGUCAGACUUGUACUUCAAGUCCUAUGGCGUGGUAGCUCGCGGCAACCCCAACUAUUUCAUCACGUAUGGCAACGGAAAGUCAGCGGCGCGUGUUCAGCAUGGCAUGCGCCCCAAUGGCGCACACCGGUGGCACUCGUAUGUCAAGACACCCAAGGAGUGGAGCAGUGACCAGGCGGCUGUGUUGCACUUCACGUACAACAGGUUCAGUGAUCUAAAAUCUCGUCGCGACCGCUGCGACUGCGCGCCAACGGAGGAGGAUGCCAAGCGCUGCUUCAUCCUUCCAUUUGACAGGAUGGCUUUCCUGGAGGCAUCACUGAAAAACGACACAGAGCUGAUGGAUUGGUUCCGGCAGCGCCUGGUUUGGAGUGAUCCUGCUGUAGUGAACGACUUGCUGAAGAAGGGCCUGUUUACUCGCAUCUACGAACCACAGGUGAUC